GCUUCCCGACAUCUAUAUCGGGGUUCUCUUUACCUCGCCGCCGUCAAGAGCAGCUUGAGAAGCUCGUCGCUCCUGGGCGCCGUGCCGCCGUCCUCCUCCUCCUCCUCUUCCCUGAGCGCAGCUGGACUAAAGUACGGUACGUGGAGUGCAGAUCUAUCCGGACUCCGGACCUGACGAGUUGGCAAGGAAGGAACGGGACACCGCUACCGAGAACGUUCUAGAAGCUUCUAGGAGGAUGAGGAGCUGGGCUGGCCGCCCCGACUCAUCCCUACUCGCCCCGUUCCUCGCCGCCUCUUGCCUUCUUCUCGUGGCCGGAUCGCAUCAGGAAAUCCAUGAAGCUACAGGAUCCAGAAUUCAUCAUCAAACAAACCAGCACACACAUGAGGUGCAUUGCUCAAGGGAAAGGAGCCGUGCAGCUUGGAAAGCUAUUGAUGAGUAUUUGAUGCCCUUCGUGGAAAAGGAGAAGUAUGAGCUACCAAGCAAAUGCAGGCUUCAUGCUGAAAAUGACAUGUUUCGGGAACAAGAGGAACAUAAGAUCCAUUUUGAUGUAAACGAGUGGCGUUGUGGUUUCUGCAAGAAAUCCUUUCGAGCAGAGAAAUAUAUCGAUCAGCAUUUUUCAAACCGGCACAAUAAUCUUUUGGAUAAUAGUCAAGGAAGAUGCUUGGCAGAUCUUUGUGGAGCACUUCACUGUGAUCUGACAAUGGAGUUCAAGAAACCAAAGAGUAAAUGCAAUGCAGCUGCAGCUGCAAGGAAUUGUCAUCUUUGUGAGAGCCUUGCAGAUAAUUGCUUCCCUGUUAAUCAAGGGCAUUCUGCCAGCCGUCUUCAUGAAUUUUUCUUGCGGCAAUUCUGUGAUGCCCACACUUGUAAUGGAGACUCAAAACCUUUCCCCAAAGGUGGCAGGAAACAAACAAACAGAUUCUAUUUGGCUCUCUGCAUCUUGACAUUGCUGCUCUUGCCCUUGUUCUAUCUCAUAGUCUUCUUGCACCAGAGGGAAAUGAAGAAAGGAGUUCAAGUUUUCAAGCGAAUUCCAAAAACUGUGCACAAGAAAAAGCCGUCCUAGUUAUGCUGAGCCGCAAGAGAGGCAGUCACUUGUCUGCGUAAACCGGAAGUCCGGCAUCUUGUUGACUUAGACAACUCGUUCCUGGAACUUGGGACUUACCCUGUACAGACAAUCUCAGGAGACUAUUGUACAUUUCAAAGAAUGGAAAAUGUCGAAGGUGUCUUGAUAUUAUCCGCUUAGGCCCUCUACUGGGGUAAGACUGUUGAGUACGAACAUUUACAUAAUUUGCAAUAUCUAUUCGAGGUGUUACUUGUGAUCUUCCUAAAUAUUUUUAGUCUUUUCACUGAUGAUUAUUGCCAUA